UCCUGUUUAAACUGUGUGCUGACAAUUUCAUUGCUACAAAUAUUUUUUGUAAGGGAAUAUGCACCAGCGUUUUGACAUAUUUGUACUUUAUGGACCGUAGGUAGGUUUCAGUUCAGCCAUUGUUUGACAUGUUGCUUGGAAACACUUUUUGUUUCUCGUUAAUCCUUCCUUUGUACUUAUGGCUGCUGAAAUAAGGGUCCCUGAGGGCUGAAUAAUGAUGUAAUUAUGGAGAAUGAGCAGGAAGGGGUGGGAACAACAUUCUUCUCUGUGCUCGUUUUGUACAUGUAUUUGCACUUGAGUCAGCCAUGGUCUAACUUUAUUGGGAAGCUUGACCGAAAGUUACUUAUCUUUUGAGUCAUACCUUUUGAACUUUGAGUCCAAAUGGCUUGGCUUGCUAAUUACCAGGUGGUGAAUGUAGAGUGAGACAUUGCCAUAUUCUUACAUCAUUGGGAUUUAUUUGAGGAAAUGUAAUGCCAAAAGUUGUAGCAGACUAGCAGUGAUCUCAUCAUUUCCUUUUGAAGCAGCAGGGAGGACAGCAGAAACAUGAGAGAACACAGAGACAGAAAGGAGGAGGAGCGUAUACACCUAUUACGUCAUUUAUUAGUCUCAAGAACAGAUUUAUUGUCCUCUGGAGAAUCACUGCUAGGGUGUGUAUAUAUGCCAGUGUGUGUGUUGGGCUGGACUCACAAGAGAAAUAGAGAGAAAGCUGACAAGAGAGGAUAUUUUCUAAAACUGCUCAACCAACAUGUCUCAGCCAGGGCAGGAAGAAGAUGAAAUGCAGCGUCCUGAGGUGAGCGAAGAGGAUCUGACUGAAACAAUAAACAAACUUGGCAGAAGUGGGCCGGCGAAGAGCAAGACGACUGAAGUUAUGCAGGAUUGCGAGAAAGUUGGUAAAGCAGCCCCCUCUGUGUUCAGUGGAGCGAGGUCAGGAACGGAGACUGUUCUCAACGCACGCUCAGGCCCACCAAUAAUCAGGAAGAAGCAGUAGGCUCCCUGACCAUGAUUUGACAACACAUGUUUGGAAUCUGUUGGUUUUCCAGCUGUGCUUUAGUCCACUAAAAGCCUCUUUUUUUUUUUGUUCUUCUAAAGCCUGUGUUAAACACUUAAUUACAAAACACUUAAUUAUGUUUGGUUAUGGAAUUUGUAUUAUAGUGAUAGUUAACUUCUUCAGUUCAAUCUUCCUGUAUUUCUGGUUUAUACAAAGAAACACAUUUUCAGCGUGUUUCUUUGUAUAAACCAGACAUACAGGAAGAUUCUACUGGAUGGUCUUCUACUCAUUAAAAAAAAUAAUUAUAUAAGAUUAGUAAGAAAAAAGUUGUGUUUUCCUACGGGACACACGGUGGCUUGUCUGGCGAGCUAAAUGCUAACAUUUGCUCUGAUGACUUCAGAUCUGUCCAAUUAUUACAAUCCUUAAUGUUAAAAAUAUAAAGUUAAAAGACUAAGAGCAAAGAAGUAUUUUGUCAAAAGUGUUGCAAAAAAAUAAAUAAUUACAGAUUUUUAAAAAUGUUAUAUGAGCCAAUAGAAAUACACAACUCAUCAUACAACAACAGUCCUGUCAUUUGUAUUAUAUUUAAACAAAUACAUUGAAAAACAUGUUCCAAUAUACUGGUUUGUUUUCUUUAUUUUUUAUAACAUAACGAUUUUUUCUUUAAUUAUUGCAGUUUUUGUCACAAAGCAUGUAUCUACUCUUUCCGGGUGCAGGGUAAUAAUGAGAAAUACGAGAGAAACUGCAAGACUUUUUUGGGAAAUCUGUUGUGACAAGACUUCCCAUUACGUCUCACCCAUUCUACUUUUCAUUGUAAGAAGUGCCAGCAAUAUUAUAAUUGUCCAUUGAUGUAAUAAACCAUUCAAAAAAUA